AUGGCUGUUGGAGAUGCUCUGAGCAACGUGAAUAAGCUGGCGGAGUUCAUGGGGUGUCCGUUCUCCGGUGAGGAGGAGGCGGUCGGGGUGGUGCAGGCUAUCGUGGAGUUGUGCAGCUUCCAGAGCUUGAAGAACAUGGAGGUGAACAAGAGUGGCAGCCAGGGUCCGGCGGCACACGAGUCCUUUUUCCGGAAGGGUGUGGUCGGGGACUGGAGCAACCACAUGACACUGGCGAUGGCGGAACGGCUGGACAGGAUCGCCGAGGAUGCACUGCAAGGCUCGGGGUUCAGCUUCGCCGUUGCGGGGUCGUCCUCGUGA